AUCAGUAGUGUGGGUGCAGUAAGGUGGAGCUGUAAAUGGGGAAGUAAGUCAAAUAUUGGUCCAAGAAAUAUUCCUGAGCUCAUGCAGUGCCUUUAUUAGCAUGAGAGGAAUUCAAUCUCUGCACUGCUACACUGCUAUCACCUCCAGGUCUACAGCAGAAAGAUAAGAAGCGAUCUUUGAACCACGAAAGGAGGAUAGGAGGGACAUUUUUGUUCACUUUUUUUUAAACUACUUUGGCAUCUGAGCUAGAUAUGUGAAGACAUCAGGCUGGCACAUGAGGAUAUUGUACACAGAAGAGGAGAAAACUGAAAAAAAGCUCCUUUCUUAUUCUAAAGUGGAUGAGCGAGAGUUUUUGCUUUAACCUUGACCUUGUCCUGGAGAGACCUAACAGUUAACACAUGCAGAAUGAGCUGUGUGUGGGGACUUCUGCUCUGCUGUCUGACUGGACCGUGGCUUUGUAACGCGGACCAGAAAACUCCAUAUGGUUAUGUUCAGUUCAUGCAGUCAAGUGGUGAGCAUCGGUUGCGACAAUCUUCUAGAAAGUACUGUGACCACUCUGCUGGGGCAAUUACAAAGCCCUGUGGUCCUGGACAGUACCGUGAGAGAUGGGGAGCCUACAGAGGUCGGUGUGUGCCCUGUAACUGCAAUGGCUUGUCCCAUGAGUGUGACCCUAUUUCAGGAAAGUGCCAUAACUGCCAGCUGAACACAGCAGGUGACCAAUGUGAGCGGUGUGCAGAGGGUUACUAUGGUAGUGCGGUUCUCCGGACCUGCCAAGUGUGUCCAUGUCCCUUCCCGGACCCGUAUCGUAGUUUUGCACUUGGUUGCCUGCAGGUCGGGGACCAGCUUGAGUGCCUGUGCAAGCCAGGUUAUUCAGGAACUCGCUGUGAAAGGUGCUCUGCUGGAUACUACGGUGAUCCAGUACAGGUUGGAGGGAGUUGCCAGCUCUGUCACUGUGAUCAUGGAUAUAUAUGCGACCCCCUCACAGGCGAGUGUGAAGAUCCAAACAACCCCAGUACAGAUGGUGACUGCCAAGAGUGUGACACCUGCAUUCAGAUAUUACUAGAAGAACUAGAAAUGAUGGAUUAUGAACUCCACCAACUGAAGGUUGAUCUUGAGCCCUUUGGGAGCAGCUCUGCAUUUCUUGCUGCUCUGAAGAAACUGGAAGAUGCCAUUAAAUCUACAAAGUUGUUAGUGAUGAAGUACAGUGCUUCUGUAAAACUGUUGGAACCGAAGGUGAAGGAACUCGAGGCAGAUGUGGCCGGGGUCAGAAAAGACCUGAGUGAACUCAGCAGCAAGACAGAUUUGGCUUCAUCAGUUGCUGAGGAGUUGUUAAAUAAUUUAGACAAAACUCAGCUGAAAGGCCAAAACCUUCUCACUGAUACAGAGCAGCUUCUGAAAAGAAUACAAGAGUUCCUGGAUCAACUGAAAUUGUCUAAUAGCACCAUACCCAGUAAGGACAUUGUGAAGAUGUUGAAGGAAGCGAGACAGAUGGUGUCACAAAUGCGAAAGCAAAACUGUGAUGUGCAGCAGAAAUUGGCUGGGGAUGAGCUGGAGGAAGCUCAAAAACUUUUAGAUUAUAUCAUGAAGAAUCUAACAAAUCCCCUGAACAGCACACUGGCUGCUGCUGAUGCAAUCGCUCAAGACCUCAUGUCCCAGAUUGCUGAUCUUAAAGAUCUUGAGGAAGCUCUGCAACAGGCAGAGAAAACUGUGAACAAGACCAAACAGAUGAAUGAUGGGAGUGAGGCAACCCUGUCAGACAUUCUGAAACAUCGUACGAAGAUGGAAGAAGAAAAACAUAUUGUCUCUGCUGAUUUGGCGAUGAUUAGAGGAGCACUGAAUGAGAUAAUACAGGUUCUGAUGAUGAUGGAAGAAAUAAAGAAUGACUUGGCAAAAUUUGCUGCAGAGAUUGACGGAGCAGAAACAGAUUUAAAUCUAAAACUCAGUGAGCUUUCCAAAGCCACAGCCCUGCAGGGUAUCGUCAGAGAGGCAGAGGAACAUGCCCAGGAUCUCAUGAAUCUUGCCAUGCAUUUUCAAAUGUCUAUGCUGAAUUACACCAACUCUUCAGCUGUCCAUAAAGCAGUGGAAUCCAUCAAUGCUUAUAGAGAUGUCAUUGAUGCUCUCAAAAAGGCUGAAGCAGCAGCAAAUGAAGCCCAUAAAGCUGCAGAAGAGGCUCUAGCAGAGGUGAAAGCUCAAAAUCUGACAGUGACGGCUGAUGAACUGAAGAAUUCUGCAAACAAUUUACUUGACCAGGCUGAGAAAGCUGAGAACAAUCUGAAAGAGGCCACACAGAUAUAUGAUACCAUUAAAGACCGUCUGGACAAGGCAAUGGCCAAAGAAAGGAGCAUGAACGAAGAGCUCCAAACUACUGUAAAGAAUAUGAACCAAAUCAACAGAGAUGAUAUUGCGACACUGAUAAAUGAAAGUAAGGAUGCUGUCCAAGCUGCUAACGACACUGUGUCCAACACUAAUGCAAAGUUAAAGAACAUCACUGAGGACUUGGAUAAGAUCCGCAUUACCGGUGGAGUUUCAAACCUGGAUAAUAUACUCAACGAUGUCAAUAAUACAUUAAAUGAACUGAACAGUGUAUUCCCUGAGCUCACGGAUUCACUCGCAGAGGUGGAGAAGCAGAGCAGCCAAGUUCCAAACACAACCAACAUGUCAGACAAUCUCAUGAGGAUCAAGGAUAUGAUCGAAAAGACCAGAGAUAUGGCCAACAGAAUCAGGGGUCCCAUCUUGUUCUCUGGUGAUAGCCACGUUGAGCUGCGUCCACCCAAAAACCUGGAAGAUCUACGAGCCUUCACAGCCCUCAACCUGACUAUCCACCGGCCCAAAGUAGACACUCGCAAACGCCGCCAGAGCACAGAGGAGGAAGACAAUCUCUUUGUCCUUUACCUGGGAAACAAGAAUACCCAGAAGGACUAUGUUGGAUUGGUGAUUCGGAACAGUGUGCUUUAUUGUGUGUACAAACUUGGGGGACAAAUCCAUGAAAUAAAGACCAAAGAAAUCACCAGGUCCAGUGUUAAUGGCUCAUUUAUGGAUAGAGUGGACUUCCGCAGAGUCUACCAGGAUGCAGAAGUCAUCUUCACAGAGACCUACACCUCCUCUGCACCCAGAAAGCUGCAGCCGAUGACAAGUCAAGCUAAUACAACUAUAAGCUUGCUGGACCUGGACCGUGAUGAGGUGGUCUUGUAUGUCGGGGGCUAUCCAAAUGACUUCACUCCACCAAAGGAGCUCCAAUAUCCAGGCUUUACAGGAUGCAUUGAAUUUUCCACAUUAAAUGAAUAUAUCCUUGGCCUCUACAACUUCCAGAAAGCUGUCAACAUAAAAAAUACAGACCGAUGUCUAAGAGGUGAGAUCCGUCAGAUAGGACAGUAUUUUGAUGGCACAGGCUACGGGAGGAUCAACGUACAAGACAGCAGCAAAGUUAUCAAAUUCUUCCUCCUGAGUCGACAAGAAAAUGCUCUGCUGUUUUAUAUGGGUAACAAGGAUUCCUAUUUCACUGUUACUCUGGAGGAAGGCUUUGUUGUUUUGCGGGUUACGCAAGGAGACCAAAGGUUAACUCGAAAGAGUGACAAAAAAGUCUUCCCUUUGGAAUACUACCAACAAAUUCGAAUUCUCGAAGACAACAGCCGUACUGUAGAUACUGCUCCAUAUUCUGUCAAUGUUCGGUUUGAUUUUGGGACUCUACACUCUGCAGACACUCAAGCUUUUGUAGGUGGCAUUCCAGCAGCGAUUGCAGCAAGGCAUAACAUCACCCACCCACCUGUGAGAGGAUGCCUGAAAAGCCUUGAAGUGGAUAUUUACGUCAGAUUCAUAGAGGAAGUCGGAAUUGUCCCUGGUUGUCCAGAGGAUUUACUGGGUUUGCGAGAAGCUUCUAUGGAGCUGGGAAGCUCUCUUGCUUUUGCUCCAAACAUCACCCAGUCCAACACAGGAACUAUGGUUUCACUGGGGUUCAAAUCCACCCAGAACAGCGGAGUCCUGCUUGCACACACUGACAAUAAGGAUGGAGGAUUUGAGCUGGCUCUGGUUGACGGCCAUGUGGAGAUGAAAGAUGGCGCAAACCUUCUGAAAUCCAAGAACAGAUAUGAUGAGGGAGGGUGGCACUAUGUGACAGCUUUCAGGAACAGCACUGGAAUGGAGCUGACUAUCGAUAAUUCGGACAGCGCAGAAAUACAGACACCUCCCUUAGAUGCCUUAUCCGCUGACAUAAAUGUUGUAUUGGGAAAAGAAACCUUCAACGGCUGCCUAAGGAACUUUUACAUGAGGAGAUUGGAGAGCAAUUACAUCCCAGCUGAUUUGAGCAGUUUCAAUAAGGCAGGAGCUGUGUCUUUAAUAUCAUGUCCAGCACAGCGCCCUCCUCUGGCCAUCACUGAGAAAAGCGGCCUCAGACGCAGAGGGACAGUUAAUGGGCUGGACAUCAUGAAGGAGUUUCAGGCAGAAAGAAAAGCUGCAAAAAGCCACUUAAAGGAUUUUUCUCAGCAAGUUUGUAGUAAGCCAGCCAGUUUAAUCCAAGCAUAUCACCUCAAUGCCAGAAGUCAGCUACAAUACAACAUACGUCCAGCGGAGCUCAAUUUUAGACCUCAUUUCUCCCUGGACGUGCAAACCAGGUCAGCCAAUGGUCUGCUGCUUCACAUCGCAGACAAGCACGAUGUCUCUCGAGUGGUUUUAUUCAUGGAGGGUGGCAGGGUCAAACUCUCCGUUGGAGAAGGAGGACUGAUCCACUAUCAAAAGAAGAUUAAUAAUGGCGACUGGCACAAUAUCAGGUUUAGUAUGGAGCAGAACACAUUUCACCUUGUGGUGGAUGGCUUUCGGGUGACAGACGGACGGCUGCAGAAGGAUGAAGGGAUUUCUCUGGGGCUACAGGCGCCUGCCUACAUUGGAACUGGAUUGGCUCAGUCAGUCAGCAGAAAUCAUGAGAAAUCCUUCCCUAAGAAGAGUGUGAUUGGCUGUAUCCGUGAUGUCAGGUUUUAUGAAGUUCUGGUAGGAGAACCAGCUGUUAAUCAUGGUGGUGCCCCAUGUUUUGAUGGUGCAGCAGUAAAGGGGGCAUAUUUCGCUGGUCGUGGAUCUCAUGCUGCUUUAGAGAAGUACUUUAUACUGGGUGCUGAUUUUAACCUCACAUUUGAGGUUCGCCCAGAAAAUCUCACCGGCUUACUGUUCCACAGCAGAGGCCAUCAUGGACACAGCCUCAGUGUUUUUCUGAAAAAGUCCAAGAUGGUGGUGCAGAUGAAUGACGGAGCAGGAGAUUACAGCAUUUCAGUCACUCCUCCAUCAACGCUGUGUGAUCACACCUUCCAUCAUGUGACAGUGACCAAAACUGGAAAUGUUAUGAGGCUAAAGAUGGGGAGAGAAUCUAAUCAUGCUGUCGGACCUUCUGUGCAUUCCUAUUCCCUCGUGACUCGUGACACACUUUACAUUGGAGGUGUCCCAGACAGGAAGCGUAAGAGGGUCCCCGUGUGGAGCUCCUUUGUGGGUUGCAUGAGGAAUGUGAGAAUCAAUCAGGAGCCUGUUUCUUUUGACACUAUUACCAGUGUUUUUGGCCCUGUCAACACAAAUGCGUGCCCAGAAGACCAGCAGCAGACCAGUGGGGGUCAGAAACCCAGACACUGAUUAGUCAACAACAGUACUGCGAAGUCCAGAGAGAGGCCACCAGAGAAAAUGAUGAGUAAAGAUGUUUACUUGAGCCGCAGAAACAGGCUGUAAUACAAUAAAUUGUGAUUUGAAACAGUA